UUAAAUUUCUCUCUCUUUCUAGAAUGCACAUGAUUGGGGUUUGCACUGCUUCCCUGGGCUCACUUGGGCUUAUGCGUUUUUUUGAUGUGCCCUGGUCAUGGAGUCUGGCAGCCACACUGGGCAUUUACAUUGGCAGUGGAGGAUGGAGGUUUCUCCGUAUCAUCUUAAAGACGGCUCUGAGGGAUCUCUUUGGCCUCUCAGUGCUGCUACGAGUCAAGUAUGAGUUGCGAAAGCAUCAGCGAACCAAAAACACUAUUCCAAAGAUCUUCCAGGAUGUCGUCCGCAGGCACCCUGACAAAGUGGCUCUGAUCUAUGAGGCCAAUGAUGAGAAAUGGACAUUCCGGCAGCUGGAUGAGUAUUCCAAUGCCGUAGCUAACUUCUUCUACCAGCAGGGGUUCCGUCUGGGUGAUGUCAUUGCCAUCUUCAUGGAGAGCCGUCCCGAGUUCGUGGGCCUCUGGCUUGGGAUGGCAAAAGUUGGUAUUGAGGCAGCUCUCAUUAACUUCAAUUUGCGUCUGGAUUCUUUGGUUUACUGUGUGACAACCUCAGGAGCAAAGGCUGUGAUCUUUGGAGGAGAGCUGGCUGCAGCAAUAUCUGAAGUGAAUGGGAUGCUGGGCAAGAACAUGGUGAAGUUCUGCUCUGGAGAUUUUAACCCAGACUCUAUCCCUGUGGAGACUAAAUACCUUGAUCCUCUUCUGAGUACUGCAUCAAAAUCUCCUCCAGAUCAGAUUACAGCCAAAGGUUUAGAUGAUCGGCUCUUCUAUAUCUACACAUCUGGCACAACAGGAAUGCCAAAGGCUGCCAUUGUGGUGCACAGCAGGUACUACCGCAUAGCUGCCUUUGGGUACUAUGCCUACAGAAUGUGCCCUGAGGAUAUCCUCUACAACUGCCUGCCACUCUAUCACUCGGCAGGUAACAUCAUGGGAGUCGGCCAGUGUCUAAUCCAUGGCCUCACUGUGGUGAUCAGGAAGAAGUUCUCAGCCAGUCGCUUUUGGGAUGAUUGUACAAAAUACAAAUGCACAAUUAUUCAGUAUAUUGGGGAGAUCUGUAGGUAUCUUCUGAACCAGCCAGUACGGGAGGCAGAAGCACAACAUCACGUGCGACUUGCAGUGGGAAAUGGGUUGAGACCCACAAUAUGGGAAGACUUUACAAGGCGCUUCCGAAUUAAACAGAUUGGGGAGUUCUAUGGAGCCACAGAAUGUAAUUGCAGCAUUGCUAACUUGGAUGGAAAGGUUGGAGCCUGUGGUUUUAACAGCCGGAUUUUGCCCAAUGUUUAUCCCAUUCGCUUGGUGAAGGUAAAUGAAGACACCAUGGAGCUGAUCCGCGACUCCAGCGGGCUCUGCAUCCCCUGCUGCCCAGGGGAGCCAGGCCUUCUUGUGGGUAGAAUAAACCAGCAGGACCCCUUGCGCAGGUUUGAUGGCUAUGUCAAUGAGAGUGCCACCAAUAAGAAGAUUGCAUGCAAUGUGUUCCAAAAAGGAGACCAGGCAUACCUUUCAGGAGACGUGUUAGUGAUGGAUGAACUUGGUUACAUGUACUUCAAAGACCGUAGUGGGGACACAUUUCGGUGGCGAGGGGAAAAUGUCGCCACCACAGAAGUAGAGGGAAUCCUGAGUCACAUCCUCAGUCAAACGGAUGUUGCAGUGUAUGGAGUAGAGGUACCAGGGAUUGAAGGGAAAGCUGGAAUGGCAGCAAUAGCAGAUCCAAAAGUGAAAUUCAGUCCUAAUGCUUUGUAUCAGGAGCUACAGAAGGUGCUGCCUCCCUAUGCACGGCCAGUCUUUCUUCGGCUCCUGCCUCAAGUUGACACCACAGGCACAUUCAAAAUCCAGAAAACCCGUUUACAGAGAGAAGGAUUUGACCCUCAUCAAACAUCAGACCGGUUAUAUUUUCUCGAUCUAAAGUUGGGAAAAUAUGUUCCAUUGGAUGAAUGCCUCUUUGAGAGGAUCCGUGCCAGAAAGGUUGCUCUGUGAUCUGGUCUGGGGAUGUGUGUCUUGCAGGAAACGCUGCUGACUAGCUUAAGAAGGGACCCUGCCUGUGAGAGUGAGGGAUUCCUGCUAGAUAAAUAGUGCAAGGUCCUCGUGCAAUGCAUCGACAACCGUGACAAAUUCACUGGGGUGUAGGACGUUGUCCUCACGUGUGUUAAGCACAUUAAUUUGUUCCCUAUUCCUGUCCUGGGCAUAGACAUGCCAUUUCUCUACUGUUCUGUGUCUAGAGAUUUUUUUUUCUCUUUGUAACCACUACAAACUGAGGGACUCUGUGCAACAUGGGAGGUGUUUAUGGUCUGAAUUAUUUAUUGUAAUUGAACAGAAAUGCUAUGCCCUGAGCAGGUUUCCUUCUGCUUUCUCUUUCAACUUUGUUGCUAUCUAUAGACCUUAGUUAGUAGCAUGUUUGCUUCAGGUAGAGCAUUUGAUUUUCCCACCUCACAUUUCUUUUUCUUAACUUCACAUCUAAGAUUCGCUGUAGUGGGAAGUCUUGCUCUGAAGUGUCUAUCAUUCAUUUACCUAAGGUAUUCUGUUUGUGCAGUGGGGCCUAGCACAGUGGGGGCCUGGUCCAUGACUGGGGCUCUAGGCAUUAUAAUAAUAAAUAAUAAUAGGACUGGGAAUUAAUCAGAUUGUUGACCAGUGGAGUGCAGUCUCUGUGAAUCUUCACAAACUGUGGUCUGCAGAAUAAACAGGUUGUUAAUUCACUGAAGGAAGUCAAUUGGGUGUAAAUGGCUAAAAAGCAUAAUUAGGGGCACAGAGCCACUGCCUAGGGACAUUGUUCACUGACAUAAUGUAUUUAAACUUGUUACUGGCCUACGUGACAAUGAGACAAAUAGCUGCACUUGACAGAGGAGUCACAUGGGAAUGUUAUACCUUUUCAUGCUAAUGUGAGGUUUUAGGAAAUGUUAAUUUUAAUGCUGCUGUGUAUUUUCUUUAAUUUUAUUUUUAUAUUUACUGGUGGUUUUCAUCUUUAAAUUGUGCUGCCGUCUGCUGGAAAUUAGUGGCAAUUGUUGAACACCAAGGAAGGCCACCUAUGACAAGACAAAUCGGAACAUAAUAAUUUUAAUGUCUACUCCAACCUCCAUUAGAAUUUUAUCUUCUGUUUUAAUGUGGGCAAAUCCAUUAACAGACACUUCCGGAUGUACUUGUUUUCCUGGUGCUUUUGCCGCAAUUAGAACUAAAUGUAACUCUUAAAAUUGGAGAAUUAAAGGGUUUGACCUUCACAGAUGUGUGUGCAUGCUGUGCUUCCACCUGUCCUAACAAUGGAUUAUUUUCUCAUUUUAAUUGUGUAGUCUUGAGCAGCUGGUCAUUCCCUUGUUUUGGAGGCAUUUGAAUUUACCAUAUCUGGUAAUGGCAGCUACUGCUGGUGUAUCCAGCCAUGUGAUUGAUGCCUUAAGGAACUUUCAGUGGACUAGUACUUUUUAUGCAGUUUAUACUGGAAGGACCAUAUUCUGUUGCAUCCUGUGCAGCAGUUCCAAUUACAGCACUUCGAUGACACUACAUGGAGCAUAAGAAAAAAAUUCAUUCUGCUCUUUCUCUGGUGGAGUUAAUGCUUCGUCUAAAAUAUUUUUAUAAAGUUUUGCGGAUGCUUUUGAAACACGUUUUAAUAUUUAAUGCACUGAAGAAACUGGACCUUAUCAAUGGUUUAAAUACUGAUUUUUUUUUUCAAUCUGGAAUGUGCCUUUUAUUAGGACAGACAUUGAAGAAAGUCAUUCAUGGUAAGAAUGAACCUAGUUAACUGGAACUGUAAUAUACUCAAAAACAAAAUGAGGGAGUCUGCAGCUUGGGAACUGAACUCACCAGCCACUGGCUAUCACUUUAAAUAUACUAAAGUUUCUUGUAGUUUAAAGGAUGUCAUGUAUUGACUAAUUAAACUUUUAAAACAAAAUUGGUUUCAAACUGAUCACUAUAUUGUCUAUUAUUUGUUUUUACCAAACUCAGAAAUAAAAACAAACACACUGAUUCUAA